CAUGGCUCAAUCCCUUUUCUCCCUCAACAAACCCAUGAUCAUGGUAGUGUUUUUCCUAACAUGGUGCCUGAAAGGCGCCAUUUCGGGCUAGAAGAGGUUAUUGAUAGGUUUACUAGUGGAAAGAUGAGAGAACCAGUCCUAGAUCCUCAGGGUACCAUCACUCCCCCUACUGGUCUCGACAAGGCUGGUGGCUCGGGGGGUAUCUGGAAGAACACCCCAGCCCCUCCUCAAAGUCCCAACCCUUCCCCUACUGGUAGUCCCGAAAAAGAUGGUGGCUUGGAGGAUGAGAUGCUUCCACACGAAGUGGAGGAAGUGAAUGAGGUUGAAAUGCCGGCUGAGAAGGUUCCCGUGCCAGUUGAGAAGGUUGAAGUGCCGGUUGAGAAGGUGGACGAAUGGGAUGGAUGGGCUUGGAAGAAGUAUGGGAAGAAGAUGGUGAAUGAUUCACCACACUCAAAGAGCUAUUACAGAUGCAAUCAUGAGGGGAAGAACUGCCCGGCAAAGAAGCACAUUCAGCUAAGCCACAUGGAUGAAAGCAAGUAUAUCAUUACCUACAGAGGUAAUCACAAUCACCCUCCCCCCGUUCAGAACACUACAACCAAACCUAGGAAGAGGGGCAGGGCUCGGGCUCAGGCUCGGGCUCCUGCUCCUCCUGCCCCCAAAGGGGAAUGCUCAUCUUCUACUCCUAGUACUAAUACAGCUACCUGAAAACCUAAGUGCACACAACACCGAUACCAUAACAAUCUUAUCAUGUUCCUUAUGUUGUUCUCUGAGAAGCACUGUUCUUUAAAUGUAUUCCCUUGAAAUCAAGGGAAUCUCUUUCUUUAUG